AUGGCCGUCCCUGAAAAGAAACCCAAAAUCGAAUUCUUCAAGCAAUUGGAAACUUUGGAGGGGUUUGAGUUCAGGGAAGUCCUAGGAUCUCUGUCCAAUUCCAAGGUAUCCUUUUCUAAGAUUAUAAAUCAGUCUGUCUGAAAAAUAAUGUGGUUUCGCCGCGCCUUGGAAUCGCCCAUAAUAGCUGUGCGACGGCUUACCGCGGCUGGAGGUUUGAUGCGUUAUUGCGGCGAGGCGAGACAUUUUGCUGCGACGAAUCCGCAUUACUUUCCCUACAUACUGGUAAUCGAUCAGUCUAUUUUCAUAUUAUGCCAUAAUGUCGAAGAGGAUCAGCCCGGGAUACUGCUCUUGAAUAAGGUGGCUUUCAAUGAGACGAAAGAAGAUCUGGAUGAAUUGGUGAAGGGGUCCCGUUUCUCUCGUCUAAGUGACAAUGACAUCUAUGGUAACUUCGAAGUAACUCCGCCUACAAAGUUUGGGGGUAUGUGGGAUUGAAUAAUUAUAAACCUGUCAGUUCUCAAGGCGACGUUCAUCUAUCCCGCAACAAGUCGGCAUAUUGACAAGUACCGAUUGAGAACUGUCUGCUUCAUUUCUGAAUCAGCCCGGGACUACAAUGAUAUUACUCUUAAGUUCAUCAAAGAGAAAGCAUUCGGAUGUGACGUAUGUAGAGGUGGCAAUCCGGCCUGGCCGAUUCCGGUGAAAUCUAGGCCAAGAUUGGCCCGCUAAUAUAAUACAAAAGGUCGGAUAAAAGUCUUUGCACUUUCUCCUGAAAACUUUUAUGCGCUCCACAAUUCUUUUUACCUGUGUUUGUGUGAAAUUAAGACGGCUAAUCGAACUUCUGGAACAUCCGUAAAGGAAGCCAAAAGCUAGUCAAAACGUUUUACUGUGAAUUCUUUAAGUUUACAACCCGAAAGUGCAAAGAUUUUGUUCCCAGAAAAUAGGUGACCCCCCAAAUUUCGGACAGAGCCACAACUGAUCCUGCGACUUUUUCAUUUUUUUCGGAAGGCGCAAUGAAACAUGAGUCCGGCCAAAGGUUGCGCAGUACUCCGCUUUCAUACAAUGUCCGAGGAUCGCCGUGUUCGAGUUUCAGAGUGGUCCAAAUUAAAUCGUUUAUGUGCAAACUCAACGUUCUGGGACAUGCUGAAAGCCUCGGCCUAGAACUUUUCAAAUCUGCUCAAGUCCGGCGGAAAAACCGAGGCCGAUCUGAUUGUCACCUUUAUACUUAAGGAAGGUGACUAUAGGAAGAAAACACUUUUAGUGGGUUUACAACAUAGUUGAUGGAAAGAAGGAACAAGACCAAAUUCUAUACAAGGACGGAGAUCCGAACAAUGGAUUUAUCUUGCUGAAGGAUCUGAAAUGGGAUGGAAAGACCAUCGAGGAGAUGUAUUACCAAGCCAUUGUGGUGCGCAGAGAUUUAAAAUCUGUCAGGUAAGCAAAAUUUGUUCAAACAAAAUGAUUUUUUCAUAUUCAGAGAUCUGACAGAGAAAGAGCUUCCUCUUCUUGAGAAUAUGUAUCAAAGUGCUACCAGGGCCAUUCAAGAUAAGCAUGGGCUCAGCAAGGAGAAGAUGUUCAUCUAUUUCCACUACCAGCCCAGUUAUUACCAUUUGCACGUCCAUUUCCGUUCUACACGGUGCGAUACAAACAUCAGUAACAUUCCCAUCCUCGAGGUUAUCAAUAACAUCCAAAUUUGGCCAGACUUCUAUCAGAAGGCCUCACUUGGAUUCAAUAUCAAGGAAGGAGAGCCCUUGCAUCAGAUGUAUGCUGAAGCCGGUCGUAUAUAA